UCUACCACUCCCGCCUCCUCCCCUCGCGCCUCGUUCGCUCUCGGCCAAAACCCUCCCCCCAAGCUCUCUCCGCUGCGGCCUGAAGUGCGGCCGCCCAGUCCCAAUUACUUUGGACUGGUGGUCGACUCUGCCCACGACCCUCGAGAUUCCUCUGGCCUGGGCAACAACUGGAGUCCGACCUCGUCGUCGGUCAAGUCCUUCGCCGCUGCGCUCCCGAAGCAUGUCGAGUCUAACCCCGAGUUUGAGGCCUUCAAGAGACAGGUCGACAUCAACAGGGGCAAGUCGUUUGCGCUGCCAACCUCCCAUUACGUCCAGCCCACGUCCAACCCGGCCAUCGUGCGCCCACGGGCGCCUAGGUGGCAUACCCAUGCGAGCGAUACGGGGUCUGAGAGCUCGUUCCCCCGUGCCCUGAACCUCCCCAGAGACCGGCCGUCAAGUCGAAUGGACGUCGAUCAGGAUAGCCUCCACGACUCUGCCUAUGUGUCAUCCGACUCGAAGAGGAAUUCUGAAGCCUCCCUGUUUCCCCUGCAGCUUCCCGGAAUCGCGAUCCCGAGGUUCGAGUCCCCCAUGCCCAUGGACCCCAUGCAGAGCCGGACGAGCUUGACUCGGUCCGAAGACCGAGAUCCGCGACUCUCGGUGAUGGAGCACCGCCCGGAGCCUCCUUCGCCCAAGCUGUCAGAGAUGACAAGGGCCGUCACUAUGCCCACCAAGCUGGAGCCUGGACAGCCAUCGUUGAUUACUGCCGCGUGUCUCAAGGACCUGCUGGUGACCGAGGACGAGGAUAGCCUCCUGCUCUUGGAUAUUCGGUCGUCCAACAACUAUGCCUCGUCCCGGAUCAAGGGAGCGCUGAACCUCUGCAUACCCACUACGCUUCUGAAGCGGGCAACGUACAACACUGAAAAGCUGCAGCAAACUUUCCAAAGCAGUUCGGCGUCAGACAAGUUUUCCACAUGGCGGGACGUGGACCGCAUCAUCGUAUACGACUCUCGCUCCUCGGACAAGCGUGACACCGUUGCGGCGCAGAACAUGAUCAAGAAGUUCACAAACGAGGGUUAUACCGGAGAGACGGCCAUUCUUAGAGGAGGCUUCCAAGGGUUUGUGACGUCGUAUCCCGAACUGGUUGACAGCAGCUCGACCGUGUCCACGGACUCUGAUGGCGGCGCGUUCCCCGGUGCCACGCGAGGCCUUGCGCCCGUCAUUGGCGGCGUCAUGCUGCCCACGUCCAAGAACCCGUUCUUCUCCAACAUUCGACAGAACAUGGACUUGGCCGACGGCGUCGGUCAGCUGGACGUUGCCUGGCCGCACGGCCUAGAGCCGGGCGUGCUCCCCAUGUGGCUCCGCGACGCGGCGGCGCAGCCUGACCACGGCAAGCGGGUGUCGGACCGCUUCCUGCGCAUAGAGCUGGAGGAAAAGACUCGUAUGCAGAAUGCGUAUGCUGCGUUCAACGAGGGCAAUGUUGCUCAAAACCCGGCCAUGAACGGCCGAGUGCAGCUUUCGGGAGUCGAGAAGGGCGGCAAGAACCGCUACAAGGACAUUCUUCCCUUUGAGCACGCGCGAGUGAAGCUUCAGAACAGGCCCGAGGGCGCCUGCGACUAUGUCAACGCCAGUCACAUCACCGCCUCAGGGAGCAACAAGCGAUAUAUUGCGAGUCAGGGCCCCUUGCCUGACACUUUUGAGGACUUUUGGUCUGUUAUCUGGGAGCAAGAUGUGCGCGUCAUUGUCAUGUUGACGGCCGAGUCAGAAGGAGGCCAAUUGAAGUGCCACACAUACUGGAAGGAUCGCGAAUACGGCCCUAUCAAGCUGAAGCAGCUUUCCGAGAAGAAGGCAUCACUCGAUCUCGACAAGCACCGCGCCUCCAACGCGCAAAGCAACGCCGCCAUGUCAUCAAACGAGGCCAGCCGCAAGCGAGCCAACACAACGACGACCCUCGAGACAGCUGCGGCCAACCCCCCUCCUCCUCAAUCGCAAUCCGAGGCGUUUGUCACCAUUCGCAAAUUUGCGCUUUCUCACUCCGCCCAUCCCUUUUCUCCCAUCCGCGAGAUUACUCACCUUCAUUUCUCCUCCUGGCCCGACUUUGGCACGCCGGCGCAGCCGUCUCACCUCCUUGCUUUGGUGGAGCUUGCCAACGUGAUGCAGCGCGCGGCUCUCCCGGUCGAAACAGCCUCGGUCGUGGGCUCUAGCAAGAUUGCUCAUGACAUGACGCCUCUUUCGUGGUACGACGAGCCCGAAGCCGACAGCGCGAGCCGGCCGAUGCUCGUCCACUGCUCCGCAGGAUGCGGUCGGACGGGAGCGUUCUGCACCGUGGACAGCGUGAUUGACAUGCUGAAGCGUCAGCGACUGGCCAACAUGCCCGGGGGCCAGCAGCAGCCUUCUCGGGACGCAGGGGGGGAUACGCCCAUGGCGGACUCUGACGAUGCCAUUUCUCCCAUGACGAACAGGCAGAUGGGCUUCAAGUUCAACCUGGAGCGACAGCCGAGAUUGGAGACCCCCGGAACCCAAGGGCAACAGUCGAUUGACGUGUCCUGGCUGCGGGAUGAAUCGGUUGAUUUGAUUCAAAAGACGGUGGAAGACUUCCGCGAGCAAAGAAUCAGCAUGGUUCAGAGCUUGCGGCAAUACGUCUUGUGCUACGAGACGGUGCUUGAAUGGAUACACCGACUGCACGACAGA